AUUUUGAUUCUCCGGAUCCGUCAUCCAACAGAAAAACUAUCGAUGUCGUCCGAAGACAUUGCAGAGGAGAUUCGCGACGUUUUCCCUGACACGGAAGAAGUUAUUGUCCAAUACCUGUCUGGAUAUCUCGUCGAUGAUGCCGGAGAAGAGGAGGACGUUCUUCAGGUCGCGCGCACGAUUCUUGAAUCUCUUUCUGGUGGCGAAAAUGACAAGCUGGAGAAGCUCAUGGACCGGUUGGGUGACCUCCUGGAGGACCAGCUUAAUGCACGACUCAAGAAUAGAUCUGGGCCUAAGCUACAGAAAUUGGAUAAAGUGAUGGAUAUGAGCAAAGCUCAAAUGUCCAAUACCAUAGCAUUUACCGAGGGUGUUGACUUAGAAUCUAUCAACAAGGGAAAGGCAUCUCGGGUCGAUGUUAAGAAACUUGAAAAGCAGGAAGCUAAGCUCAAGGCGAAGAUUGAGAAACGGGCAAGAAGGGAUCUGUACGAAGGAUCUAAGCUGUUGGAUGCUCAUCGGAAACAGCAAACGUACGAGGAAAUGUAUAUGAAGAUCAAUCCCUUGGAAGCCGUUAACUCAAAGAACAAGAGUCGGGACAUUCAUCUGCCCUCAAUCGAUGUCAAUUUUGGGUCAAAUCGUAUUCUGACUGGCGCGACUUUGACUUUGGCUCAUGGACGUCGGUACGGUCUCAUCGGGCGAAACGGUGUGGGUAAAUCAACAUUGCUACGGCACAUUGCGAUGCGAGAGGUUCCCAUCCCGGCUCAUAUCAGCAUUUUGUUCGUGGAGCAAGAAAUCAUUGGGGAUGAUACUGCCGCUAUUGAUUCGGUCUUGAAGGCGGAUGUCUGGCGAGACCAUCUCUUGAAGGAAGAGGCUGCGCUGAAUGCUAAGUUAACGGAACUCGAAGCGGAAGGCGAUGACAAGCGGUUCGAAGAUGCCAGGGAAGAAACAUCUUCGCGACUGGCAGAUGUGCAUGCUAGAUUAUCUGACAUGGAUGCGGAGAGUGGUCCUGCUAGGGCAGCCUCCUUGUUGGCUGGUCUUGGAUUCGACGAAGCGGAUCAACAAAGACCAACGAAGUCAUUCAGUGGUGGUUGGCGUAUGCGUCUCGCGUUAGCACGCGCGCUCUUCGUCAAGCCUGCUUUGUUACUGCUGGAUGAACCUUCAAAUCACAUUGAUUUGAAUGCGCUCGCUUGGCUUGAAGAUUAUUUGCAGACAUGGCAAGGGACACUGCUUGUCGUUUCUCAUGAUCGUGCAUUUCUGGAUGCAAUCGCCACAGACAUUGUUCAUCAGCACUCUGGUCGCUUGGAUUACUACAAGGGGAACUUCACGCAAUUCUAUUCAACAAAAUCGGAACGUGAUCAAAACCUUCGUAAAGAGUACGACGCCCAGAUGGAGUAUCGGAAACAUCUUCAGGCCUUCAUUGAUAGAUGGAGAUACAACGCUAAUCGUGCUGCGCAGGCGCAAUCCAGGAUCAAGAUUUUGGAAAAGCUGCCCGAACUCGAACCUCCAGAGGCCGAUGAGACGGAGAGUUUCAAGUUCCCAGAAACCGACAAGAUCUCCCCGCCGAUACUUCAAAUGAACGAAGUCACAUUCGGCUAUUCUUCUGAAAAGAUCGUUCUCAAGGGUGUCAAUAUCGAUGUUGGCCUGGACUCCCGGAUUGCGAUCGUUGGAGCGAAUGGCAGUGGAAAGUCAACACUCAUCAAGGUCUUGACGGGUGAAUUGCGGCCUUUCUCUGGUCAUGUCACACAAAACGGGAGGUUACGAAUCGGUUAUUUCGCACAGCACCACGUCGAUUCUCUCGAUCCGGCGAUGUCGCCUGUACAGUUCCUUGCAUCGAAGUUCCCCGGUAAAACGGAGCAAGAGUAUCGGCAGCAUUUAGGCAACUUCCAGAUAAGUGGGAUGACAGGAUUACAACUCAUCGGAACACUUAGUGGAGGUCAAAAAUCGCGUGUGGCCUUUGCAGUGUUGUCCCUUCAGCGACCUCACGUGCUGCUAUUGGACGAACCUACUAACCACUUGGAUAUUGAGGGUCUUGAUGCUCUUAUGACUGCCCUGGACUCGUGGAAUGGAGGUGUCAUCGUUAUCUCCCACGACGAACGAUUCAUCACAACAGUGGCGAAGGAGCUUUGGGUAUGCGGCGACGGAACAGUUACAAAGUUCAAGGGUGAUGUACAGAGCUAUAAGCAAUUGAUUGUAAGCAACAUCAAGAUGAAGCCUUAGCGGCGACUAGGUCUGUCUUUGUAUAUUGCUCAUGUUUAACUACACUGCCUUUAUUCUUUACGAGACGCUGAGAACACGAGACUGUCAGUGUACGAAUUCUAAGGGAAGAUAUCAUCGGAUCUACUAAAUGAUGAAAUGAACUAUUCUGUCCUGCGAGCCCAGCCAUAUUAUAAUUGAACAUCUGAAGUUGAGCG